GCUCUUAUAGUAUUUAAACCCUUCAUAAUUACUAGGGUCACUAGAGGGCGCUGCCACAAUAAACGUAAACAUUGGGCGAACAUGCUUCUCAUACAAACAAAUGUUACUUUUAUUCCUAUAUUACAUCAUAUCUACAUAUAAUUUUUGUUGCUUUGGUAUUUGUUUAAAACUUUUAAAAAAUUCCUCAGAGUUGAGGUUCAAUCAACAAGGUUCAACUCGCUAUGAAUGUAUUUCAUCACAGAAUCACUCAGUUGUUUUUUCGGUUAUGUGAAAAGAGGGAGGAGCUGGAUAAAUCGGCUUUAUGACAGAGAACUUUGGUCAGAAAGCUGCCAGAGCUCAGCAGCCUCUCGUCUCUGUUUCUCUCUCUGAUGAUGGAGACUCUGCAAGACACUGAACUCUGCUUUCCACAACUACUCAACACCUCCUGCAGGAAGCCAGUGCAACAUCGUGCUGAGACCAUAUUUCUUUACAUUCUGCUGUCUUGCAUCUCUUCGCUCACUGUGGUUCUCAACCUGCUGGUCAUCAUCUCCAUCUCCCACUUCAGGCAGCUCCAGAGCCCCACCAACCUCCUCAUUUUGUCGCUGGCGGUCUCAGACUUCCUCGUUGGCCUCCUGCUUAUGCCGGUUCGAAUUCUCCUUAUAGGGGGCUGCUGGGUUUUGGGCAGCUUGACAUGUGGACUUUUUUACUAUGCCUCUGCUAUCCUUACAUCUGCCUCAGUAGGAAACAUGGUGCUCAUAUCAGUUGACAGAUAUGUUGCCAUUUGUGACCCUUUGUGUUACCUCACCAAAGUCACUCAGAAUAGAGUUAAAAUCUGUGUUUGCCUGUGUUGGGCCUGUUCUGUGUUCUAUAAUGGGGUGAUACUGAUGGACUUUCUAAAACAUCCAGAUCGAUACAAUUCCUGCUAUGGAGAAUGUGUAGUUGUAAUUAACUUCGUAACAGGAGCUGUUGAUGUCAUGUUGACCUUUGUUAGCCCCAUUGCUAUUAUCAUAGUUCUGUAUAUGAGAGUAUUUGUGGUGGCUGUGUCUCAGGCUCGAGCCAUGAGGUCUCAUACUGCAGCUGUUACACUCCAAGGUUCGGUUACUGUAACCACAAAGAAGUCUGAGAGAAAAGCCGCCAGGACUCUUGGUGUUGUCGUGGUUGUGUUUCUAAUAUGUUUCUGUCCUUAUUUUUAUCCCUCUAUCGCAGGCCAGGACUUGUCAACCAGUGUGGAUAUUUCAAUUUUUGGGGUCUGGCUACUUUAUUGUAACUCCUGUCUAAAUCCAGUACUGUAUGCAUUUUUCUACCCAUGGUUUAGAAGAUCUAUUAAACUAAUUGUUACACUUCAGAUACUGCAGCCUGAUUCCUGUGAUGCCAACAUACUGUAGAGAUGUCUGUAGAGUGACUGAAAUGAUGCCGCUGCUAGUUCACAGGAAAAAUGAAGUGCCGUUC